AUGACAACUACCUCAACUUCAACAACGCUGGCCCCGGUGCCGAUCUCGUUCGACGUCGUCGUCCUCAUCGACGUCAGCCAAAGUGCAUCCACGAGAUAUGAUGACAUGGCACAAUUCGUGGUGACGUUGCUUUCAACCUACUCUGUUUCUCAAAGCUAUACUCGAGUAGCAGUGAUACCAGUGUUCGGCGACUCAGCCUUUGGUCCAAUGGUGAUCGCGAAUCUGAAUGCCAUCAACUCCAACACCGUACUGAAGAGCUAUCCUUGA